CACGUCAGCGGUCACACGCAGGCAGUGUGCAUCGCCUGACGGAGUCUCCGACCAGUGCAGCGGUUUGUUGAUAGUCCGAACCUGCGGCUGAACUUUGUCUCAUUGGAUCGUGUUAGUAAAACAUCACUCGGGGUCACUUCGGAGAAAAUCUGCGUGUCCUUCAGCGUGUCGCUCACUUCAUUGUCUCGCUGGUUGGGUCUUUUUUUUCUUUUCUUUUUUUUUUUUUUUUUUUUUUGAGGAAUUGUGUCAAGUCAAAACAAGGUGGGCAGCAGCUUUCUGCUACAGUUACACAAUGCUGGUUGCACUGCAUGCUCUCUGAGCUGAGCGGACGUGUUUAUUAAAACUUGUGGGGGUAUCUACAGGAUAACAUCAUGACAGGAGACACGGUGGUCUGGAGAGGUUUGAACUGGAUGAAACAAGCGGCCAGCAGAUCCCCAGCCGGCGGCAUGACUGGCUCCGGGAACCAGAGGCUGGUAAACUUCCAUCAUACCACUGGAGUCAGGGAGAUGUUCAACAAACACGUGGACGCUUGCGUCCACAGAGCCACCCUGACACAGUUUCACAGAUAUUCAACUAUGGGCACUUGUUUUGCUACCUGCUUCACUGGAGCUGCAAAUAACAGCCAGGGGAGCUGCAGUGGAAGAUCUGGAGCUAAACAUCUGAAGUAUCACAGGAACUGGUCAAACCAGCUGUUUUCUGGACAUACGAGGCUCUUUAACCAGGACAACUCCACAGUGGGGCGGCUCACAUCAGAGGAUAUUGAAAAAGCAAGAAAUGCCAAGAAAACUGAAGCCAAGCAAUAUAAACAAGUGCUCAGUGAAAGUGCUCGAGAGAGGAAGGUGCCCAUCACACGGAUAGGAAGGCUGAUAAAUUUUGGAAGUCUGGCAUUCGGACUCGGCUUCGGAGCGAUCGCAGAAGUGGCCAAGAAAAAUUUCAAACCUAAACAACAAGGUGAUAAAAAGGCUGUUCUGGAUUCCAAUCCUUUUCUCUCCGAGGCUAACGCUGGAAGAAUUGUCCGGACACUUUGCAAAGUUCGAGGGGCUGCUCUAAAACUUGGACAGAUGCUCAGUAUUCAAGAUGAUGCCUUUAUCAACCCUCAGCUGGCUAAAAUCUUCGACCGUGUCCGACAGAGUGCAGACUUCAUGCCAACUAAGCAAAUGCUGAAAGUCAUCAGCAAUGACCUGGGCCCAAACUGGAGGGACAACCUGGAGUCCUUUGAGGAGAAGCCGUUUGCAGCCGCGUCCAUUGGCCAGGUGCACUUAGGGAGGCUGAAGGAUGGCAGAGAGGUGGCCAUGAAGAUUCAGUACCCGGGUAUUGCCAAGAGUAUCGACAGUGACGUGAACAAUAUCAUGACUGCUCUGAAUUUAAGCAAUGCUCUACCUGAAGGUCUGUUCCCUGAGCAUCUUAUUGAGGUCAUGAGUCGUGAGCUGGCGCUGGAGUGUGAUUACAUAAGAGAGGCGAACUGUUGCAGAAAGUUUCAGGAGCUGCUGAAGGAUCACCCGUUCUUCUACGUGCCUGAUGUGAUAGACGAGCUGAGCAGCAAAAAUGUCCUCACCACAACGCUGGUGACCGGUUUCCCCCUGGACCGGGCAACAGACCUCUCUCAGGAGCUUAGGAAUGAGAUUUGUGAGCAGAUCUUGAUUUUAUGCCUGAGGGAGCUGUUUGAGUUCAGAUACAUGCAGACUGAUCCGAACUGGUCCAACUUCUUCUUUGAUCCACAAACUCACAGGGUUGCUCUGUUGGAUUUUGGAGCCACACGAGGUUUUGCCAAGAGUUUCACCGACGCAUACAUUGAGAUUAUUAAGGCAGCUGCAGAUCAGAACAGAGAGGGCGUCCUGCUCAGAUCCAGAGACAUGAAGUUUCUCACAGGAUACGAGUCAAAGUCCAUGGAGAAUGCCCACGUGGAUGCAGUGAUGAUCCUCGGGGAGGCCUUCUCCUCCUUGGAGCCUUUUGACUUUGGAGAACAAAGUACCACGGAGCGCAUCCACAGACUCAUCCCAGUGAUGCUGAGAGAGCGCCUCACUCCUCCUCCUGAGGAAACCUACUCCCUCCAUAGAAAGAUGGGCGGCUCCUUCCUCAUCUGCUCCAAACUGAAAGCCAAAAUCCCCUGCAAGAACAUGUUCCAGGAGGCGUAUAGAAACUACUGGAAAGAUGGACACCCUGGGUCUAAACAUUGAAGACUGGUUUUCCAGAGAAGUUUAUUUAGACCUGGACUAUUUUGAUGUUUUUGUUUAGUUUUUGUUUUUUUGUUUUUUUUGUCUUGGCAUGUUGGACAAUUUAACUCACACAUUCUUAUAUGUGGUCAUACUUUUAGGCAACCUGAGCCAGAAAGUAUCCUCAUGUUACCUUUUUUUUUUUUUUUUUACUGUGGUUUGUUAUGACUCAUCAAGUAAAUUGAGGGCAGGGGGGGACCAAAAUGGUAUCAGAGUAUCUGCCAAUUAAGAACUAUUUUAUGUGUGUGCAUCUUAUUCAGUCACUUAUUGUGACCAGGAAUUCCUUCCAGACUAUAACCCUACUAUGUACCCUCUAUAAUGAGUGAGGAUUUGUACGUGUUUGAAUGAAUUUGUUAAAUGUACUGUAAAGCCUUGUAAUCGUGUACCUGUGUGGUCUGAAGGAGUGUGCUCCGUCAGUUAAAAUAAAUUGACACUAAUGAAGCAAAAAAACAA